AUGAUACUGCUAUCAAUCAUAUUGAUAAACUUGCUGAAAAAUAUAGGCAUUGAUUGUUUAACAAUACUUUCUAAAGAGAUCGUGUCAUUUGUUUUAUAUCUUUUAACAAUUGUACUUAUACAUGAUCAACUUAUGAACUUAUUUACUGAUUUUGCUUUAAAAUAUCUAAUACUUCGCAAGAAUAUGCAAAUUAGAUGGUUGAAAUUUGGAAAGAAGGUAAAUGAAGAUGUAUCUGGUUAUUAUCAUUCUAAAUCUGUGUCUUCUGUAUUUGAUUAUGCAAUUAAUAAUCUCGGACUAUUUUCUUGUCCAAGAAAAUUAUUUUUCUAUAGUCAACCAUUAUGGAAACAAGAUAUUGAAGAUAAAUGUAUUAAUGUAACAACAUUGAUGAAUGAAAUCAAAAUCGAUUUCACAAAACGUAUUCAAGACUUUUAUAUGACUUCGAAAAAGGGUUCAAAUAAGAAUAAGAAUCAAACAUGUGUUAAUAUUGAAAUACAAGAUUUUAUUGAAUUUGGUUAUGAAAUGAAUCCAGAUGAUCUUAUACCUAUAUGGACACAAGAACAAGAGAAUAUUGUUCCAUCAAUAAUCACUAAUAUUGAUCAAAUCGAACAACCAAUAGAAUAUGUAGCUGGUUUAGAUAUAAGUUUUGUUAAAACAAAUGAUAAAGCUGUUGCAUCUAUGGUCAUUUUUAAUUAUGAAACAUUAAACAUCGUUGCUAAAAUCAGUGUUAAUUGUCAUAUGAAAAUUCCAUAUAUACCCAAUUAUUUAGCAUUUCGUGAAGCUCCAGUUUUUAUGAGAUUAAUUGAUAUUCAAAAAGAACGUUGUCCUCAUUUAACACCACAAGUUAUUUUAAUGGAUGGAAAUGGUGUUUGGCAUCCUCGUCGUGCUGGUAUUGCUUCACAUUUUGGUGUUUUAAGUGGAAUUCCAUGUUUUGGUGUAUCGAAAAAUGUUCUUUAUGUCGAUGGUAUUACACGAGAGAAAAUUAAAGAAUUAUUAAUUGAAAAAGCACCUGAAAAAGAUCAAUAUGUUGAAGUCAUAGGUGAUAGUGGAGAUAUUCUUGGUUUAGCUUAUAAUGUAACUGGUUCUGUAAAUAGUGCUGUUUAUAUUAGCGUUGGACACAAAAUAACAUUAGCAACAGCUUGCAAUAUAUUCAAAUCAGUGACUAAAUAUCGUAUUUGUGAACCAAUACGACAAGCUGAUUUACUUAGUCGGGAAAUAGUUGCAAAACUUUCAUAA